CAAGCUGGAAAAACAACGGCACGCGCGCCUCCCAAUCAUUUGGGGAUUUGAGGAUUUGAGGAGGAUGUCGCGCCCUUUGACGAAGGAUUACCGCACGGCGGACUUCGAGCAGCUGAGCAGGAUGAUCAAGGAGCAUCCGCUGAUGAAGGAUGCCGGCGCGGAGCAGCAGCAUCUCCACAAGCUCCGCACUCCGGAGUACCGAACGAAGUGCGUGAUGCGGGCUUCCUUGGAUGACAUUGCCCUGGGGAUCAAUCUCUACAAGCUGCAGCUGGACAAGCCCAUGUCGCCCACCUUGGAGGAACCGGAACCGGAUUAUCUAAAGGAGCCGGCUGCCUCCGCCCGCUCCGCCCACUCCGCACGUCCUCCAGCCACGCCCUUCAUCAAGGUGCUGCUCCGAAAGAGUCCCAUCGUGGUCCUCUUCGAGCGUCGCAGCAUGACCGCCCUGGCGGACACGGAGGAGGGUCGCCAGGUGAUGGAGGACAACCGGAAGUACGACGAGCUGCUCUCGGGAACGGACAAAACGCGUAGAACCGUGGAUGCGGACACCCAAACCAUGACGGCGCUGAUGAAGUCCAGGCUGGUGAACACCGAGCGGCUGACCACCGCCCAGCUGGGUUCCUAUGUGUCCAACUUCGAGAUGUACGACACGUACAAGGACCUGCAGAAGUCCACCACGAGUGUCCAGGUGCAGGGCGAGAAGAAGCUGGAGAUAACCACCUACCACGUGGACGGAGUGGAUCAGUUCGUCGGCAUCAACAGUCUGCCCGGCUUCCGACUGGCCCUCAUGCUGACCAUGCGCAUCCUGGCCAGCAAUGUGUUCGAGCCCCAGCAGCGCAGGUACCGCAACAUGGCGCCUCCCGAUCCCUUGGCUGAGGACGUGAAGUUCAAGUACCGGCUGGGCCUGCUGUGGAGACUGAGCCCACCCUCGUCCAGUCCCAAGGUCCACCAGGCGGUGAGCGACAUGAGCUUCUGUCCCAGUAACGGGGACAUCAUAGCGGUGGCCUACGGGGUGUAUAGCCACGGCAAGAUCGGACAGCUGCCCAGAUCCGGAUGGGUCUACGUGUGGAACAUCAAGAACCCUGUGAACCCGGAACGACGUUACGACUACCAAGUGCCCGUGGUCACUGUGGAGUUUUCACCCACCCAACCCCAACUGCUGGCCAUUGGACUGCACAAUGGCGGUGUGGAGGUGAGGGAUAUUUCUGGACAGAAUCUGCCCCCACUAGCUGUGUCCCAGCGCUCAACCUCGCCCCACUUCGAGCCAGUCACCGCCAUCAAGUGGAUCUACUUCGAGGGCGACGUUGGGUCCAGGAAUCCGCACAUCACGCCCUUUCUGGCCACCUCGCAGGCGGGAGCGGUGACCAAGUACCGGCUGAUCAACAGUCCCAGAAUGCUGGGAUUGGAGCAGCAGCGCUUGCAGCGGGCGGAGGGCGAGCUGGAGGGGAUUCCCAUAGAGCGGCAGCCACCGGCGGCCUCCCUGCUGGCCAACAGGCAUCCGCAGUGCCUGGAGAUAGUGCUCGAUCCUGUCCAGGCGGACAUAUACUACGUGCUGACCGACGAGGGCACCCUGUACAAGUGCUCCACGAACUACCCGCUGCAGCAUCUGGAACUGAGGCAGGUGCACGAUGGGCCCGCCGCCUGCAUGGAGUUCUCUCCCUGGUCACCGAGGAUGUACCUCACUUGCGGCAGUGACUGGUGCAUUCGAAUCUGGCUGGCUGGCAUCCUGCUGCCCAUCGUGACCCUCCAGCACCACCUGUCCCCGGUGCACUGCGCCCGCUGGAGCCGCACCCACUCCACCAUCCUGGUCUCCCUCAGUCGCAGCACCGUGGACAUCUGGGACCUGCGCAACAGCACCAUGAAGCCGGUGUCCUCCACUGCGAUAGAUGCCGACAUCUUCUACACCACCUUCAAGUUCACCCACUGCGGUCGCUCGCUGGCCGUGGGCAACGAGGCGGGCAACCUGCUGAUGCUGUCCCUCGAGGACAUGCCCUUCCCGCCGCACUUUCAGUACAAGCAGCUGAAAAGAGCCAUCUUCAAGGCCCUCUCCAUGCAACCCGAUCUCCGCAAGCAGGUGAGGAGCGUCGGAUACUUCGGCUACCCGGGUGGGCGAAAGCAAACGAGGGCUUGAUUAGUUCCACCACGCUAUUAUAGACCUAAGCCACAUGUAUGUGUACCGCGAUAGACACAAA